UGGGAGCUGUGUGUUCUCAUGCGAACGGGAAGGAGCGUUGGGGAUCCGGAGUCUCGAGGUUGAGAUAUUUUCGGGCCCGAAAGGGGAAUCAUCGGCCGCCGCCUCCGCCAGCCCGCGCCCGCCCUUCGUCCCUGCGUCCGGCCCGGCCCGGCCGCGCCGCCUCUUCCUGCCGUCUCCCUCCUCGGCCGUCCCCGCGUGUGUGGCGCGGCCGCCGGGCACCGGGACUGCGGCGAGGAGCUCGCGGGCGGCCGGUCGGGCGGGGCGGGCGGCGCUGACAGCAUCCUGAAGUUAGCAUUCAACUUCUCCCAGUGGAGCCCAUGACUUCUGAUCAGGACACUAAAGUUGUGGCUGAACCGCAAGCGCAGCGAGUGCAGGAGUGCAAGGACAGCUCUCAUCUGAUGAAUGGUCCUAUAUCUCAAACCACUUCGCAAACAAGUUCCAUCCCAGCUUUGAGUCAGGUACCAGCAACCAAGGUUUCAGAGCUUAACCCUAACGCAAAAGUAUGGGGGACUCAUAUGUUAAAUUUGGAGGCAAGUAGUGCAGCUGUUGGUGUGAGCGCCGCCUGGGAGGAGACGGCCGGCCAUCAUGCAGACUGCGGCCAGCAGGGAUUGGAUGUCAAUGGUGAUGGUGACAAAAGCCACGAGAAUGCAACAUUGCCAGAUGUACAGGAGUCCAGCCAGACGGACAUGAGUGCUCUGGCCCUGGAUCAUGCAGAAUAUGAAUCUCUACCUGAAAAUAGUGAAACAGGAGGAAAUGAAUCUCAACCAGAAAGCCAGGAAGAUCCUCGAGAAGUACUUAAAAAAACGUUGGAAUUCUGUUUAUCUAGGGAGAAUCUUGCUAGUGACAUGUAUCUUAUAUCACAGAUGGAUAGUGAUCAGUAUGUGCCAAUUACAACGGUAGCUAACCUUGACCAUAUCAAGAAACUCAGUACUGAUGUGGAUUUGAUUGUUGAAGUGCUAAGAUCUUUACCUUUAGUCCAGGUGGAUGAGAAGGGAGAAAAAGUAAGGCCAAAUCAAAAUCGCUGCAUAGUAAUAUUACGUGAAAUAUCUGAGUCUACUCCUGUGGAAGAAGUAGAAGCACUAUUUAAAGGAAAUAAUUUACCGAAGUUCAUAAACUGUGAAUUUGCCUAUAAUGAUAAUUGGUUUAUUACAUUUGAAACAGAAGCUGAUGCACAACAGGCUUAUAGAUACCUGCGAGAAGAAGUCAAAACUUUCCAAGGAAAGCCAAUUAAGGCACGGAUAAAAGCAAAGGCGAUAGCUAUAAACACGUUUUUGCCAAAGAAUGGAUUUAGACCUCUCGACAUGAACCUUUAUACCCAGCAGCGUUACACAACAUCAUUUUAUUUACCUCCAGUAUACAGUCCUCAACAGCAGUUUCCUCUUUACAGCCUGAUUGCACCCCAGACGUGGUCCACAACGCAUAGCUAUCUCGAUCCACCCUUGGUAACUCCAUUUCCAAAUACUGGAUUUAUAAACGGGUUUACGUCUCCAACCUUCAAGCCUGCAGCAUCUCCUCUGACUUCACUCAGACAGUAUCCUCCUCGAAGCAGGAAUCCUACUAAGUCUCACCUGCGCCAUGCGAUUCCGAGUACAGAGAGAGGACCUGGGCUGCUAGAAAGUCCUUCAAUAUUUAACUUUACUGCAGAUCGAUUAAUUAAUGGUGUCCGGAGCUCACAGACCAGGCAAACAGGGCAAACAAGAACACGAAUACAAAACCCUUCAGCUUAUGCCAAGAGAGAGAUAGGAACGGGACGUGUGGAGCCAGGUAGUCUUGAAUCUUCUCCUGGUUUAGGGAGAGGAAGGAAGAAUUCCUUUGGCUAUAGAAAGAAAAGAGAGGAGAAGUUUACGAGCAGCCAAACUCAGUCUCCAACACCACCAAAGCCUCCAUCACCAAGCUUUGAACUGGGUCUGUCCAACUUCCCACCACUACCUGGAGCUGCCGGCAAUUUGAAGACAGAGGACUUGUUUGACAACAGACUAACCAACUUAAUAAUUGGAUCAUCAAAAGAAAGGAGCCUCAAUGCAGACGCAAGUACAAACACUAUUCCUGUAGUGGUCCCCAGAGAGCCCUCGCUGCCGGCUUCUUGUGCUGUAUCAGCAACAUAUGAACGAUCCCCUUCCCCAGCCCAUUUACCUGAGGAUCCCAAGGUGGUAGAAAAGCAGAGGGAAACCCACAGUGUGGACAGAGUCCCUUCUGUCCUUCCUACAACUGCAUGUAAAUCAGUGCAGGUGAAUGGAGCUGCCACAGAAUUGCGAAAGCCCAGUUACGCAGAGAUUUGUCAGAGAACAAGUAAAGAUCCUCCUUCCUCCCCAUUGCAGCCGCAAAAAGAACAAAAGCCGAACACUGUCGGUUGUGGGAAGGAGGAGAAGAAGCUUGCUGAGCCAGUGGAGAGAUACAGGGAGCCCCCUGGCCUCAAGUCCACUCCCGGAGCCCCCAAGGACCAGAGGAGGCAGCCAGGACGCCGGCCCUCGCCCCCGGCUGUCGGCAAGCGUCUGAACAGAGAACAGAACACGCCCCCCAAAUCUCCUCAGUGAAAACCGUGCAUCUGAGAGGGGGUGCAAACAGCUGUAUUAACCACAAACGAAACACUCAUCCCACUCAAGUACGAGAAUGAGUUGCUGGGUAGGCACUUGCAGUGUAUGUGAGGCCCAUGGAAAGCCUGCAAGUUAUUUUUCUUCUGUGAGUCGGAUUCUUCCCCUCUUGAAAAAAAAAAAAAAAAGAAAAAUCUGUUUUUCAGGAUUUAAUUAAUAUAAACCUUAUUUUAGGUUGGUGCUUAACUGGAGGUGAUGCAUAAGUCUGAUUUUUUUCAGGAUAGAAAAUGCAUUUAUCCCAACAGAUUGAUGUUGUUUUUUGUUUUAGUGGGGGUUUUUUGUUUGUUUGUUUUUUUAAUGAAGCCUCCAUGUGGCUCUGAAUGCAAGCUAUCUGUAGUAAGUUUUUCUAAAUUAAGGGAACUGUGCUACUUCAUUUAAAAAAAAAUAACUGAUCUGCAAGUGUGUAUCUCAGAUGCCCACACAAGUGGAUGAGGGCUGGUAAGGGCAGCCUUGACCUUCGGGGAGAAGAAAUUGGUUUGGCAUUGUCAGGUCGUUAACACAUUGGUAUGGGAGCUGUGCUUUCAUCUAAACUGUUAACAAGUGAUGUUAGCAUUUAAAAAUGCGUACACAUGUACACAUAGGCCUUUUUUGAUCCAGUGGGCGGAAUGAACCUGCUGAGCACCCUAGAGAAACAUGAAAGCUCAGAGUGUUGCUGUCCUGCCGGCAAGUAGCCAGCUUCUCCCUCCAGUUUCAAGUGGCUAUUAUGUAAAAUCGAUUCAAAGCACAUUGUGAAUAGAACCUAUGUGAAAAUACACUUUGUUGCCCACUGACACGUUGCCAGGAAGUUGUACCAUGAUGUCUUGCUCCCUGUGAGCUGGCUGCUCUGGCUGCUCGCCAGGUGCACCUGCUCAUGCACAUUUCUGUCCAUGUCCCCCUAGCACUCUCACCAGAGAGUCCUCAGCUUAGUCAGCUCCUUGUUUAGUCUUCCUGAACCUCUGCAGCAGCACAUGCAUUUAAACAUUCUGUACUGGUGAGAGAAUGCUGUUUGUGGUUUCCCCCCCUUGGCUGGUGGAGGACAAAGUUUUGUUGCUCUUUUUACCUCCAAGACGAGGGUCUCAUUGAUUCACUUCUGGAAGUGUUGCACUUCUGAAGAACAAGGAUGCACUAAAGUUAGCAAGUUUAUAAUAAAUUUAAAUAUAAAUUAUUUUGUUUUAAAAUGCCUAAAUUUUUUCUUUAAGUAUUCUAAGCAGCAGACAUUAAAAUAUUUUCUGCUACAUGUAACCAUACAGUUUAUUCCACAAAAUGUUAUUUAACAAGACUGAGGUUUGUUUUUUCUUUUUCUUAAAAAAAAAAUUAUUUCCAUCCAAUAUUUAAAAGACUUGAAUUUUAUUUAAACUUGAAAAUGACUUUGCCUUAACUUUUGUAUAAGACAGCUUAGAGUUCAUGGAGACCGGCCCCUGGGUUGGCAUGAGUGGAUCAGAAUUACUCAGUUACCAUGUGAAUCUCCUGUCGCUAGUUUUACUGAGUAAGCAUACCGUAGUACAAGAACUAGCAGUAGUUUUUGUAAUAUACCUUAAGGAUCUUAAAACAGUUGAUCUUUUUUCAGAUUGUUGAAAAAAUCCUGUAAAUGCAAAUAGUUGAUACUGUAUUAAAUAUGUGCACUUGGGAGUGUGCUUUGCUUGUACAGUUGUAAAUAAUCAGAACAUAUUAAAAAGGUACCCUACAGAGAAAAUCUGAUAAAAAUUAUUGAUAUAUUAUAAAUGUUGAUGUUGAGCUGGAUGUAGAUAAACUAAAUGUUGUGGUUUGAAUAUUAUUUUAAUUUGUUGAGGUUUGUUGUUUUUUUUUCCCCCCUCCGCAUACUGGUGUGCUGAACUGAUUUUGCUUCUUUGCUACAAAAGGGAAAUGGAAAGUCGUGCUAGAAGCCAUCAGGUGUUUUCAUACUCUUCCCAAGUAUGUAAAGGCAUACUCAUCAUAUCUAAUGUGAAUGGGUUUUCAAGUAUGGUGUAGUAGACAGCAGAAGCUAGCAGGGCCUUCAAGUCAAAGUGGAAGAGAAUCUGCUAAGUUAAAGUCAUGCAAUGCAAAGUGUGAUUUAUCCUACCGAGGAAAGCAUGCCUGAUGUGUCUGGCCAUUUCCUUCCUAGCAAUAGUCAUUAUUCAAAGAUGUAGAAAUACACACAGUGCUUGUAUGUGUCAGAUGCCUGUGAAAGGAACACGGAAAGUAAUUUCUUUGUGUUUGUCAGAUUGCUGAACAAAAACUCAAAUAAUUUAUUGACCUCUUAAACCCAGACUACUAAUACGCUAUAAACGCUCUGAGACCUGGGCCCUGCAUGUCACUUCUUUGGAGGAGGUGCCCAGGUAUUGUCAGCCACACUCAACUCCAAAUACCAAGUGGGUUUUUAAUAAUGAGAAGUCCUUCCCGGCCGGGUGAGCUUAGCAGCAUAGUGUGUGUGGUUAGAGCCAGCUGUGCUAGGUUGGUUGUGAGCAAGAGUAAAGCUCUUAAGAGCUGCGUGCAGGAAGGCAGGUGGACACGUGGCAUAGCGCGUCACUCAGGAAAGGGGUUGCCUUGGCAGGUUCUGCUGCCGUUUGGACAAGGUCAGUACAUUGCGGUUACCCCUUAGCCAGCGACAGUCUGUGGCAUCAAGAGCUGAAACCUUGCUCAGAUGUGAUUUUUAUAGCACUCUUUUAAUUAAGCAAAGGUGAUAUGCCAAAUAGCUGUUUAAUGUCCAAAAGAAAAAAGAAAAAAUCCUGUCUGAUACUACUUUUGAGAUUUUCCACCCAGAAAAAGAAAAAAGGAAGUUGUUUGCAAUAGGAAGCUGUGAUGUGAUGACACAGAGGCUGUGGGAUGUCACAUACAGCUUGAUAGUAUGUGGCUUUCAUACAUUUUUUUAAAAAAUUUAACUUGUUCUUCCUCUUCCGCCCACACCUCCUCACUCACACCUGCCAAGCAGUACCUCAAGUUACAGAAUCAGAGACACAGCAAUCACAAAUGAUAUUUUAACUUGUGAAUUGUGCGGUGUUAACUCACCAUCCGGAGAUAUAGGAAUAAAAGCCUGGCCGCGUUUCACCAGACAUGAAUUUCUAGUGGAGUAGUUGUUUUCUUACGAGUUGGUGUCAUGAUGUUUGCCAUCAGUCCCCCUGUCGGUGCAUCCCUGGUUGCCAUCAUCCAGUCUAACGAAUGUCUUACGUUGCUGUAGUAGUCAGGAUGUCUGCAGUUUACAUUUAAAAACUGGUCCGGUGUCUCACAACAGGUGACUAAUGGUGCAUACCUGUCUUUGUAUCCUCUUGAGUGAGUUAGAGUUGUGGGUUUUGUGCGCUUUGUAGCCUGUUACACGGAAAGCAGCAGACAAUCGAAGAUUUGAGGAGCACUCACAGCUGCCAAUCCACAAAAUGGGAGUGUAAUAUGGAAGCGUGCUUGAGGGUUUUUUGCUUUUGUUCUUCUUUUCAUUAAGACUGGAAUCAAGCUUACAUGUAAACUAUUGGUAAUUUAAGUUUCCUUUUGUGUCAUUCAGUGUAAAACUGUCUAAUUUGAAAAAAAAAUGUAGGUUAUGAAAAAUAAAGAUUUAGGCACUGUUCA